CAGCGCGCCGGCCGCGCUGACUCUCCUCGGCGGGGACCGCGGCGCCGGCCGGAGCGAGGAGCUGCGCACGCAGCGGGUCCCGGCGCCCUCCCCGCACACAAAGGCCCGCGCGCGUCCGGAGCCCGCGGCGGGUACCGAGCUCCCUCUUUCCUGCCCUGGGGGCCGGGAGCCGCGCGGACUGAGAAGGCUCCUGCGCGCCCGGAGGCGCCCUACUCCGCUCCGUGCUCCGGGACAUGGAACCGCGCCGACGCGGCGCCCGCGCGCUCGGGCCGCUGCCCGCUGCACUGGAUCUAUAGUCACAGGCGGCCCCGCUCGGGGCGCAGCGCCCGCCGCCCGCGCCGGUCGUCUCCGCUCCGGGUCUUUGUGUCCCAGCCCGCACCCGCCCCGCGCCCACCCGCCAGCCGCGGCCGGCCCGGCACCCUGGAGCCGCACGGGAGUCGGCCGUCCGAGCUGCGUCCGGCGCGGCGCCCCGGAACCCCGAGUCCGCCGCGCCGCCGCGCCCCGCGCGUGCGCUCCCGCCCCACGCCCUGAGGGCUCCGGAGGGCGAGCGCACCUGGCCCGGCGACCGCUGGAGCUGCGCAGCGCGCCUCGGAGCUGCCUGCGGGCGCACGCCGUCUUCCCCGCCAGUCUGCCCCGGAGGAUUGGGGGUCCCAGUCUGCGUCCCGUCAGUCCCUUCUUGGCCCGGAGUGCGCGGAGCUGGGAGUGGCUUCGCCAUGGCUGUGAGGAGGGACUCCGUGUGGAAGUACUGCUGGGGAGUUUUGAUGGUUUUAUGCAGAACUGCGAUUUCCAAAUCGAUAGUUUUAGAGCCUAUCUAUUGGAAUUCCUCGAACUCCAAAUUUCUACCUGGACAAGGACUGGUACUAUACCCACAGAUAGGAGACAAAUUGGAUAUUAUUUGCCCCAAAGUGGACUCUAAAACUGUUGGCCAGUAUGAAUAUUAUAAAGUUUAUAUGGUUGAUAAAGACCAAGCAGACAGAUGCACUAUUAAGAAGGAAAAUACCCCUCUCCUCAACUGUGCCAAACCAGACCAAGAUAUCAAAUUCACCAUCAAGUUUCAAGAAUUCAGCCCUAACCUCUGGGGUCUAGAAUUUCAGAAGAACAAAGAUUAUUACAUUAUAUCUGUCGUCUUUGUAAUAGGAUGUUCAUCAGAAUCUUGCCAGAGACUGUGCAUUUGGGAUCUUGGGGAAUACAGCACCACCACCACCCUCCCCCUGUGCAAGAGAAACAGAUCAACAUCUUAGGUUGAGAGUCUGGGGUCUGGAAGACCCGAGUUCCUGAGUGCCCUUUGACAAGUAACUUAACCCCUGUCUGCCUCAGUCUCUUCAUCUGUAAAGUGGGGAUAAUGACAGCACCUGCUUCACAGGGUUGAUGGGAAUCCAGAUGUGGUGGGAUAUAUAAAAUGCUUAUUACUUCCACCUUUGACACCAAAUACAUAUAACUAAGAGUUAACUUUGGAGCAGGGGAGGAAGUAUGAGGCUCCAGGCUGGAGGCAGACCUGUGUUCGGCUGCAAGUUGGAGAGGAUGGACCCCAAAAGCUUGGCUGAUUUGAAGUCCAUCCAUAAAAUGGAACUCCAGAGAGUUUACACGUUUCAGUAAUGCUGCAUAACUUAAUUAUAAGAUCUUCUCUCUUUGUCUUCUUUGAGUGAUAUAAAAGCUCUUUUGUCCUUGAGCUUCCUUUACCAAGAAACAUGCAUUUAUGUAUCUUUUUGUUCAUGGAAUUGCCCAAGCUUGUUAGCAGAUCCUUUGUAAGACCCAAAAGAGACAGACAGGGGAGGAGUCUUCAGAUACAUAUAAUCAUUUUUCCCAAUUUCCAUGUUACCAGCCUUGCCAGGACUUUUUCUCAGUUCCCUGUUACACAAUGAAAAUAGUGUAUCUUUAUUGAUAAUUUUAGUAGCAUCCUAAUGUGGUAUAAAUCGUCUUCCAGAGAAGAAAAUGUGUCAGGGUUGCGUUAUCACUGAGGCUAGCUGGGAAAGUAGAUCAGCCCAUUAGUCUGAUAAUUCGAAGCAUUGUUUCUGUUAUUUCUGAACAUCAUGUGAACUCCUUUUCUGGGUGUAUUAAAGGUUUUCCCAGUGUGUGUCAGUGAGACUCCUGAUUGAAUUUAAUAUGAAUAAAGAUAAAUUCUUUACACUUAAGGAUUAGAGUCUCAGCUUCUGCUUAACUUGAGAUUGCACUGAGAAAGUCCUGGCUCUCAGGUAUAGUGGAGUCACGACCUGGGGAUGUCUGUCCCAUAUGGCUCUGUGUGUAAGAAGAAAAAGCUGCUGUGGACGGAGACUCUGUUCACAUUAAAUGACAUCAACCUAAGCCAUCAUGACAGCAAGAAUUAUUUAGGAAUUGCUCAGAAUAAAACUGCCUUCAUUAUUGCAUAAAAUGUAUCUUGGUAUCUUUAGCACCUUAUUUAUGGCUUUUUAAAGGUUCACUGGGAUUUAUAAAUAAUUGGACAAUGCUAGAGACCUAGUACAAGAAUGAAAGAGGACAGGCUUCUUUCUUAAUAACCUUUAAACAUUCAUCAGGAAGAUAAAACUUUAAAGCAAAAUAAAACACAUGAAAAUAGCCAAGAUGCACAGACCAGACAAGCAAAUAGUAGUUUAACUUAUUUGUAUAGUUCUUAAGAGUCACAUUUGUUCCUGAAGUUUCAAAAUCUCGGGCUGGGUGUUUGAUCACUUAGGGAAGCGUUGUGGCCUUCACAUACUCUUGUCUCACUUUGAAGUCUAGAAACACAGGUCUUAGAGCAAUUUUUAUCACUGUGAGAAAGCUGAAACUUAGUGUGAGUAGCUUAGUACAAUUCAGUUGGCCAUCAAAUGUCAGAAACAAAACUCAAUCCAGGGCCGCUGGACCCUUAGGCCGGCAUUGUUAGUUUACAACAGUGCCUCCUGGGUCCAAACAUCUAAGUGCACAUGUAGCAAUAGUAAAGAUAGUAUGCAUGCAUACAUAACACAUAUGUAGAGAGAGCAGAGUAUACGUACACACAUGUUUCAUACAUAGCAACAGCAGAGAAGCUCAUGAACUAUAAAGGAUGGACUGUAUGCUUGUAUCAGACAUUUUGGUACUGAUGCUUUGUCAUAUAUUGUGUAACAUAUAACCAACUUGCAAUCAUCUGCCCCCAAAGUUGAACUAAGAAAAUCCUACAGGGUACUAGGAAAGGAAGGCCAUUGGGAAAAGGUGGUUAUAGUGGCAAUUUGUUAGCUCUUAUGAAUUUUCUUUUUCUUUUUAGACAUACUCUUAAUUCCAUUUUUUCAAUAAGUCUAUACUAUUUUGUGUUUUUAUGUUAGCAAGUACUUUGAGCCCCUCAAUAGAAAGUUGCUACAUCAUAUAGUUAUUAAAAAUAAAAAUCUCUCAAACAUACAAGUAGAGGUGGUAUGAGACUUCAAAUUUCCUUAGCCGAGUACAAGUGCAGCAGUUUUGUUGGCUGGCUGGCUGCAUAGAAGGACUGAUGGAUUGGCAGACCCUCAAGCUGGAGUGUAAUUGAUCUCAUUACAGAGGAGCCAGGCUGGGUGACAGUUCUGCUUUGCAAGUGGCUUUUUGCAUUGGUGAAGUAGCCCAUUUUGUUGUUCCUGAUGUUAAACAGGAGAUGAAGGUAUUCUUUUAUUGGCACAAACGUGGGAAAUUGCUCUGGAUUCUUAGAGGAUAGAACAUGUCCCCUGGACGGAAUAAGGUUCAUGUGUGGGGCAAAUUUAGAUAGGGGCACCUUAUUGGGGUUACUACUGGUCUCUAAAUGGUCAAAGCAAACAACAUGUCCAUCUAAGCUGUGAUGUCCACCUAAGCUGUGAUGUCCACCUAAGCUGUGAUGUCCAUCUAAGCUGUGUGUGUCCAUGAGAGUGACGCAUUUUCUCCUCUGCAGUAUUAUAUUCUAAACUGUCAGCAGACAUUAAUUCGGUCGCUGGUGAAGUCCCACCGCCUAGAGAUGAACUCUGCCUCCGAUGGAUGUUUUCCACUUCAGUGCCACUCGUCUUGCAAUUACUGGGUCAUUAAUAUCAUUGCAUGCAAUUAGUGACAGUAGAAAGAGCUAGAGGGUUGUGGGAUGUGCACCCUCCCCACCGUGAACUUUUUACUCUGACCCUUUCCCAGCUAGGCCUUUUCGUAUCUUGGCAAGGAUAUUUUAAUGAUUGAGACUGUCAGAAUCUUCAGAGCAGGCACUAGAUUAUGUGCUGGAAAUAAUUCACUCAAACACAUGCUUCUUCAUGGUUCAGAAUAUUUUCAUUAGAUAUUAUCACUAUCCCUUCCCUGGGAAGUUUCAUUUUUAAAAAUCUGAUGCUUAAGUACAGCUAAUAUAGACAAUAGGGAAUUAUGUUUUAUCUUUAGAACUCUUACAUUAUUCUUUUCUUUAAAAAUGUGAGCUGAGUCAUUGCUAUUGCAAUGGUCAUCUGGCUGCCUAUUUUUAAAACACAAUUCCUCUAUCUUAGUAGAUUUUGGCCCAUAUUAAGCAUAUUAAAAAUGACUUUUUUUUUUCAAGACAUGGGGUUUUAUUGGGGGCUUAUAUACAAGGAAAGAGAGAGUCCAGUGGCAGUGGGCUGGACAAGAUAUCCACAUGGCCCUGUGGCAGUGAGCUGGGCAGGAAAACUGCAACUGCUUGCAAACAGCAUGUAGUUCAUCUAUAGCAUUUUCACUUAACACCACCCAGCUAAUGACUUCCACCUGGCAACCUUCAUUUAAUCCAGAACUUAGGACCUCGAGUCCCUGUAUGGCCCAUGUUCCACAGGAUGGGCCGAGGGCUCAGCUGUUCCUCAUAGACAAGGAAUGACUCUCCACAUUGGCCACUCCCGGAUUCCCUAGCUCAGGACACAUAUUCAGGUGUGUCUAAGGCUGGCUCUUCUAUGUGAAGUUACUUAUUCUUUUACCAUUGACUCUCAUGUUCCCACUAUAUUAAGUUUUUCUGAAUUACUGUGGCAAUAAGAAACGGUCCCUUAAAUUAUACUAGAAGAAAAGCCUUUUUUUGUUUUGUUUUUUAUUUUGAAAUUAUGUUAAAUUUUUUUUCUUAACUGAGAGAUUCCACCUGCAUAAAUCGUCAUAACUUUUAACAGUAAGAUCUUAGACUUAGAAAGUGAUGUUUUUCCUCAACAGAAUUUAUUAAAAAUCAAGACAUCAAGCUGUUCCAAACAAUAUUUUGAGGGGAAAUAAAAUAAACAACUCCAUAAAUAAUCUUAUGUGGUUAAACAUGUCUCUAGCAAAACAAACAAACAAAAAAGUCGGGGGUUGGGGGAGGUGCAGUUUAUUGCCAGUACUGUCUGGUCUUUCUCAGAAGAGCGUCAGUGUACAUCACUGAGCCUGGACGGUAUGUUUUCUUGAUCUGUACCCCCUAUGUGUACAUGUGCUUGCACGCACACACAUGUAGACACGCACACAUGUGCACCUGCCAUCACUGCUUUCUGCUCUUCCGUCUUUUCACUCUUGAGUGUCUGUAGCCAGUAGCUUUCCAGGUCUGUAUUGUCAAAGAUACCUAUGGCCCUGAAUGUCUUCACUGAUUGCUAUUUGACAUUCAUACGGUUUUUAAUGGUUAAAAGGCUUUAUGCGAAAGCUGUGAUAGAAUUUCUCCUGUUCUAGAUGUGGUGUUUAUUGCUUUAUUUUGUGACUUUUCUCUCAGUAGAUUGACCUUCUCCCUCAGUGUCCAAGCCUCGCAUAGCAUGAUGGCACCUGUAAACUCAGUUAUGUAUCCUGGUAUCCUUUCUCUUCCCAAGUAGAAGCAAUUAAGUAAUAUAUGUCAUCAAAACCUUUUAAGUGCACAUACAAACAAAAUCAACUUACCAAACUGCUUCAAAGUUGUUCCAUGUUUAACACUCUUAUUUCUGAGCUCUGGGUAGAAUGUACUAUUAUUGUUCAUCAUGAAUAUUUGAAAUUAAAGAAGUAAAACUGUACCAUUUUCUUUAAGAGCAUCCAUUUGUGCUUGAUAACAUCUUCAGUCAUAUUUCAAUGCUGGCAGACAGGAGGAGAGGUCUAAAUUGUGACUCAAUUUUAGAAUCUACUUUUUCCAAAUUAUUCUGUUUAGUGCAGAAAACUAAUUGUGUUGCACAGAAAAGUCACUGAAGCUAAGCCAGUUAUUACCUCUUAAUGCAUGAUUUACUGCUUUAAGUUUUCAAAACACAACCAUAGCAAUGUGGUAUUAAUUCAAGUGAUUCUUCCCAUCAUAUUGAACAAUAUUUUCACGGGUGAAAAACUCACACAUCCUACAUCACUGAUAGUUUAUACAGUGUUUUAGCUGCGGCUCCCUGCAUGCAAAAUAAGAGUUAAUCAAAUGUCAGUGAGAACCGUCUCAUCAAGUAGAGGGCUUGUUUUGUUUAAAUUAACUUUGCUAAGUAUAAAUUUCUUCUUGAAAAUAAAUUCUGGGCCGGGCACGGUGGCUCACGCCUGUAAUCCUAGCACUUUGGGAGGCUGAGGCGGGCGGAUCACGAGGUCAGGAGAUCGAGACCAAACUGGCUAACACUGUGAAACCCCGUCUCUACUAAAAAUACAAAAAAUGAGCCGGGCGUGGUGGCGGGCUCCUGUAGUCCCAGCUACUCGGGAGGCUGAGGCAGGAAAAUGGCGUGAACCUGGGAGGCAGAGCUUGCAGUGAGCCGAGAUCGCACCACUGCACUCCAGCCUGGGUGACAGAGCGAGACUCCGUCUCAAA